AUGAGCUCGCCGCCAGCCGUCGAGGACGUCAUCAUCACGGCGCCGCGGCCGCACAUCCUGCUCGUCACCAUCAACCGCCCCAAGCAGCUCAACUGCAUCCGCCACGACAUGCACUACCAGCUCGACCGGCUGUGGACCUGGUUCGACGCCGAGCCGGCCCUGCGCUGCGCCGUCGUCACGGGCAUGGGCCGCGCGUUCUGCGCCGGCGCCGACCUCAAGGAGUGGAACGAGCGCAACGCCCGGCCCGAGGGCGAGCCGUCCAAGAAGGCGCCGGCCUCGGGCUUCGGCGGGCUGAGCAACCGGCGCGGCAAGAAGCCCGUCAUCGCGGCCGUCAACGGGCUGUGCCUGGGCGGCGGCAUGGAGAUGAUCCUCAACGUCGACAUGGUCAUCGCCUCGGUCGACGCGCGCUUCGCCCUGCCCGAGGUGGCGCGCGGCGUCGUGCCCAUCCAGGGCGCCCUGCCGCGCCUCAUCCGCUCCGUCGGCAUGCAGCGCGCCUCCGAGAUGGCCCUGCUGGGCCGCAUCUACAAGGCCGACGAGAUGCUGCGCUGGGGGCUCGUCAACCACGUCAUUGCCCGCGGCAGCGACGUCGUCGGCGAGGCCCUGCAGUGGGCCAUUGAGCUGGCCGACAACUCGCCCGACUCCGUCAUCGUCGCCCGCCAGGGCCUGCUGAGCGGCUGGGACCCCGAGGACCCCCAGGAGAGCACCCGCCGCAUCCUCAACGACGUCUACGCCAAGAUGGACGGCGGCGACAACAUGACCGAGGGCGUCCGCGCCUUUGUCGAGAAGAGGAAGCCCAUCUGGAAGGACAGCAAGCUGUGA